AUGCGUUUUGCUUGCACCUUCCUGUUGCUGAAGAUCUUCAUCCUUGUGGACUUUGUGAUCAUUUCCAAGGCUUCCUACACGGACAUCCUUGUGAACCACGACACUGACUACAAAGCGCCGAGCACUCCGGAGACAGAGGGCUACAGCGCGCAGGCAGUGGCACGAACAUCGACGAGGAAGUCGAAUUCUUCGCCCAGACCAACUGAGGAGCAAGCUGGUUGGAUGUGUGGCAACUGCAGAAAGUUGCGUGCGAAAAAUGCGUGGUUCUGCGAUCUAUGUGGGUCGCCUUGGGAGGACUGCAUCAUCUAUCCCCAGAAGAAGAAGCAGACGACCAGAUCGACCUCAAGGCGUACAUACUGGACGGAGCCAGAUCAUGCACCAUGGGGCAAUGCACAAGAUGGCAAAAGCCCAAGGCAGAGCCCGAGGAAUCAGCAACCCAAAAAGCAGAGGGGACGCGGCAAGGGGAAAGGCAAGCACAAGCAAGCUGUGCAGCACCAACAGACUCUUGCACCGCCUCCACCUCCGCCUCUUGGAGGUCCAGAGGGGAAUCCACCUCCUUGGAUGAGCAUGCCACUACCACCAGGUGCAGGCACUGUCGCCAACACAACAGCCAGUUCUUCUCAUGCAGAACAGAAGCUCAAAGAGGUGACCUCACUGUUGAAGAAGGCCAAUCCAGAGAGCUUGACUCCCGACUUGCAAUCCUUUGUGGCCGAGGAGACCAAGGCAGCCACAAAGAAAGACGCCAAAAGUCUUUACACAGCCGUGGACGAGCUCACCAAGGCCAGAGAAUCUUUGGACACUGCCUUAUUAGCCAGGAGCAACCUCAUGGCACAAUGGAGAGCAUUUCUCACGAUGUCGCUCGAACGGUUUCGUCAGUAUUCAGAUCACUUUCAGAAACAAGAAGCGGCCCAUCAGGAGAAUAUCUCCAAUGCCAAAGAGAUGCUACAAAAGGCCAAGACCGACUUCAACACGAAGGAGGAAGAAGCAACAGUGAUCUCCGACGAGGAGAACGAGAUGAAGGACACUGCGACCAAGGAAUCUGCAGUGAAAAUCAUGGAAGGCCUCAACCACAUGACAGCAAGUCUUCAGAAGCUGUCAGAGCAAGCAGAGAUGGAACACAAUGCGGAGGAGGAGAGAAAGGCGAAGCGGCCAAGGGAAACAAAGAAUCAAGAGGAGCCCACUUACAAGUCACCCUGGCAGGCAAGUGAGGAUGCCAUGCAACUAGCCUUCAGCAUGCAGCCGAAUGGAUUCAUAGCGCAAUGUGAGCGACCAGAAUGGGGUUUCUCAGUACCUCACAGACGACGCAGAAAGGGCCUUACAGUCUCUUUUGACCCUUUUGUUUCAGUCCAUUUUGGACCAGAAUUCAGUGCUUCAUGGAUGACCAGCAGAGUUCCUACUGCUGAAGUUUCACAACGAGAUUGGUUGCCGAAGAGCAGCAAGUUCUCACAAUCCCUUUGCAUUGGAUUUGAUGACAGUAUGUCUUCACAAUCUCUUUUGAUUCCGUCGAGUUCUACACCAACCAUGCACAGACCAGACCCGACGGAGAAUCCAAACCUUCCGGACCCGCCCAGCUCAUCAGAAGGGUCAAAUGGAGGAGGUCGACAAAGAAGAGCUCCACUGAGGCAUUUUCCAGCGUGGGUGGAAACACUGUGGAAUAUUCUUCAAGAUGAAGGCGCAACAGAAUUACUUGAAGAAGGCCCAGUGAUCUAUUUGACCACCUACUACCUCAGUCACCGCAACUGCGUGAGACAGGCAGCCGAUCGCCCAAUCCGGCUGACACGCAGAUAUGAUGAAUGGAGCGAAGAAUUCAAACAAGUUUGGGGGGACCUCUUUGACAGAGAGGCUGACUUCGACCUCUACCUGGUGCAGCCUGAACCCCCUAUCUCCAUCACAAGAGGAAUCGUUGGCAUCGUGCUCAUCGUCCAACAUGCGCAACCAGGAGGUGCAGCAGUUCUAACUACUGCACUCUUUGAUGAGCUGCCCACACCAAGAACGCUAGAAAUAGCACACAUUGUUGACAUUUGGACCGACUACGUCACGGCCUUGCAUCGAGCAGAAGCCUUCGAAGCAUGUCGAGAAGCUGAACGCCAAGACCUUCGACCAUGCGUUCUACGUGCUGGUCCCCAUGUCUUCCCACGGGAACGUCCAAUUAGAAUGCACAAUGGUCUUGGCCUGGUCGUCAACGUCCCCAUGCUCAUCAAUGAAGAGGUCGCCGAGACCUUCACGGUCCCAGAUCGUCCUGAGGAUUUGGUUGCGGCAGAACUUCAAUGCAUCCUGGCCCUCCGCAAUGGAGAGAGACGUCCCAUCUCGUUUUUGCGGUUUACGGACAAAACGCAUCUCUGGAUCAACAACAAUGCCGUUGACCCUCAGCAGGAUGGCCCACUCAUGCUUGAGGAUGGCGAUUAUGUGAAAGUUUUCAUCGGCGAUGAUGAUCAACGUUUCAACUGCGAUGCGACUGUUGAUGAGGCGUCACUUUUACAGAGCCCGGGCAUUCGCCAAUCAAAAGUCGGCGAGAAGCAUGUGCCCUCAUCCGAUCACUUUGACAUCUGUGGGAGAAGGCCUGGACGUCGACACAGGACUCCAGUACCACUGGCUGCUGAAACAGUGGACCCAGAACAUCGCAGACUUCAAGAAAUUUGGAAUAGACCACAUCUCCAGUCCUUGGGAACAAACAAUGAGCCCAUCAUGUACUUUGAGACGUGGUUUUUGAGUGCGUUAGAUUUCCCGAGGUGUUCAACGUCAAGACUUGCUGCACUUCCGGCCCAAGUACAUCUCUGGGAAGGCGCCUUACGACAAGUUUGGAGGGACCGCCAACAUCCCCAUUGGCCAGUGAAAUUGCAACUGAUCUAUCCGACGCCUGUCGGGGCAGCGCACGGUGGCCAUCUCCUUAUCCUACAGCAUGAACAUCCUGGCGAAGCUGGUGUACUACUCACCACUCUUGGCAGUCCGCCCAAUGACCAAUUUGCGCAACUUGUGCCUGGGCUGUUGCCAUAUGACCGACUUCUAUGGUUUGCAGACCAAGAGAUUCGAUGUGAGGAUCAGCAGUGGGUAUGUCAUGCUGAGCACAACCAUAGGAGACUUUACGACAACGGCCCUUGGCGUGCGGAGAAUGGACAACACAUUGAGAUCCAUGUCAAGAGACGCUUUGAACAUGGCCCCCAUGUUGCGAAUUCGUCCACUAGUCCAUGGAGACCUGCGCCACCACAACAUCUAUCGCCAGCAAGCUCAAUUGAUGACUUUGUCAUGGAUCCCACGGCACCACCCUUUGUCCCAGGUGAGGCUCCGUUGGAGACGAUGCCAGAAGUCAUCCAAGACCUACACGAAGAAUGGACGAGAACUGCGGUGACAUGGCAAGGAGAACAAGCCAGUGCGGAAAUUGUGACCUGGUUCGUUGAUCAGCAUGACCCUCAACAGAGAGUAUGCUGGUAUCCUCGCAACUUGCGCCUGACGUCCCAAUUUGCAAUGUGGGAGCAUAGCAUCCGCACAUUAUGGCGCGAUAGAAUCCUUGCAGGUGCACAAUUGGAGAUUGUCCUAGUACAACCUCGGCCACCUCAACAAGCGGUCACAGUUGCGGCCCAUGUCAUUGUCAUCCAACGUCCACAACCUACAAUGGUGACAAGUUUGGUCACUGUCUACGACAACACGGUGAAUCAGCCUGAACCCAUUUGGCAGCUUGCGCUCACCACAUGGGAACACAUCUUCCUGGAGCAGUUCAUCCAUAGCUUGGGGCUCACCUAUCGCUGUUUGAUGGCAGGUGCAGACAGGCAAUGCGAUGGAUGGUAUGGAGCCUACAGACUCAUCCUUGGACGGCCGUUACAAGGUCGCCAUGGUUAUGGCAUUGUUCUGCUACUUUCUGAAAGACCACCUGCAGCACCAGCACAACCAGCACAGCAUGUUGCCAUGAUCCAGACACAGGUUCGCCUUAGACCUGCGUCAGCAACCAUGAGUGCAUGGGAACAAGAUUUAGAUGAGCCAGCAUUGACACCGAUUCCCCUUUCAUUGGAUCAACUGAUCUCUGAGAUUGAAGUGGUGAAGGUGAAAGCAGCUGAUCACCAUCAGCCAAUGCCACAGUUCAUUGAGAUCCCCAAGAACUCAGAGGAGUCAGGUGUCACAGAUGAGCUUGCACACUGGGGACUGCGAUGUCCAGUUUUCAGAUUUGGCAUCCGUGGCGACUAUCUCUACUUCAAUGCUGAGGAGAAUCAAGGUGAAGUCAACCUCCACUACAUGCUAUGCCACGAUGAUGUACAAGAUGAGAACGGUUCCAUUCUCCACACAUCGGAAAGAUCCCUUGAUGACAAAGAUCUUAUGAGGCUUCUCCACCGACUGGGCUAUGAACGGGCCGUGAUCCUCUCCACUGAGAUGCUCCUUCCCAGUUUAUGCAGAGUCCGAUUUUGGAAUUGUACACCAACGGUAGCUUGUGAUGACCGUCCACCACGGGUCAAAACAUCGUGGCCAAGACGAGCGGUUACUUCUUAG